UCAGCCUCGUGCGAUUGCUUCGACGUCAGCCGCUGUCCUUGAGCCCUCCCAGUUCUCAAACUAUUUGUGACCUUUCUUCUCUCUUCUCAUGGCUCCUGCCAUCAGGAAUGUUCGCAACAUACAUUCCGCUCAUCUCACCUCAGUCGCUCCUUCAUCUACUUUUGCAUCAUUCUACCUCCCAGAUGGGCUGCCGGGUUCUGGGAUCCCGCAAGAUGUUUACUUCAAAGGUGGCUCCUUCUGUUUCUCUGUAGUUGCGUUCUCUGCCAUUGGAUUUCUUUACCGUUCAAAGAAUAAAGCCCGAAUGUCGAGGCUUACUGCUGGACGACUCGCAACGGACAUCUCCGCACCAUAUCUCGUGUCUUCUACCAAUGCUGCUUUGGACCCUUGUUAUUUCGGAAGCCAUACUCCCCAUCAACUUCAUUCCUCAGUCGAAGUGUCCCCCAUCGCAUGUCAUUCCAGGGUGGAGUUUUCGAAUAUUUGCAGCGACACAACCCACACAAUGUUGAUGGAAGAUAGCCUGCAGUAUCUUGAUGUGUCUACGCCUUCAAUGGAACACAGCCAGUCGAUUCCCGCCUUUCAAAGUGGAAUUGGAGAGUUCCAGCAUACCCCCGACAUGGUGCUAUUUUACGGGUCUGAUUUUUCUGACCCUGAACAUUAUCCCUAUAUUCUCUCAAUACCGACCAUUCCGAGGAUCGCAUUCGAGGAUCUUUCCGAUGACAGUAUCAUGCUCGUCAACAAAACUUACAACUUCAAGAUCACGUCUGUUGGUGCUUCUGUCCGUGAGGGAGAUUUUUUGGAACUGCCCAAUGGAUACUGGCCACGCGCCUCGCCUUCUCGAUCAUCGCUUUCUCCUCAGGGUGCUCGCCGUUACAGUGUUCAUGUCGUCGAUAUUGCCAAGUACACCGAUGCGCUCUCUGCUCCUGUUUGUCGGCUACCUGCCUUCCAGGUGGCUCACGAAGAUUCUCCGAAAUACAGAAAGGAGAGCGAAGACGAGACUGAGAACCAGGCUUCGAGUAUUCUUCUAGAGUUCAUCGAAGAUAGCAGUCGACUCCAGCAUUCCGACCAUACUUGUACAAGCAAGGAGAACAACAGCCAUAACUCCGCACCAGGCACCACUUCACAGUUGGACACGAUCCUUGUGAAAUCAGCACCUGUUUGCCCAUGCCUAGUACCCUCUGCUGUCGUUCACUUCCACAGUAAACACCAUCGCUCCAGAGGAGCUUCCUAUCAGGUCAUCUCUGGAACACUGACAGAGCGCAGAGACCUUCCCGAGAUCCAGUCAUUUUCCAGGAGCCCAAAAGAGUCGCGCUGGACACCCGGGAAUGGUAUGAUGGUCAUCAAAGUUUACAUCCCCUCUACCGAUGACCUCUGGGCUGCGUACGUCCCCACCACUGUCACCCUCUUCACGUUCACGUGUAAAUGGUCAUUCAAGCUGAGCCUUCGCCUCCGGUUCAGCGGGAGUGCGAUGGACACGCCGGACUAUUACUUCGAUAGUGAUGAAGUAUUUCAGCGCUGGGUAAAACACCGAGUCCGGCAUGGUCGCAACCUUCCCAUUGUCGGUCACUUGGACUACGCGGUCCCUCCGCCGCCACUUGUACUGAAGGAGGCUUAGGCCAAACUCUUUCCCUCUGGACAUACAAG